GCCCCUCCGCCCGCAGCCGCCGCCGCGGCGGGAGAGGUGACAAGCAGCUGCGUGGAGGCGCCGCCGCCCGGUUGCGAACGGCCGCUUCCCGGCCCGGCUUCUCCGCGAGGUUUGAACGGGAGCAACUCCAAAUAUGAGGCUAGAACAAUAGCUGUGGAGGAAGUUAGUCAUGGCGGGAACUGAGGAGGAAGGAGCGUGUUUUUAUCAGCAAUGGAAGAACUUCUCAAUACACAAUGGUCUUGCUAAGGAAUACUGAAUAGUGGUGACUUGCACCUUGGCAUUGUUUCCAACUGGAUGCUGAAGACAUACAGGCACAGUGCAAGACUUUCACCAGCUAAUUCCCUGGUUGUGGUAGAUGCUGUACAAAAUGAAGGACAUGAAGCCAAUUAGCAAGGAGGAAGAUACAUCUUGCUUGCAGUGUCAAUGCUUUUACCAUGCGAUUUCUUCUGACUCAUAGAACUGCUCUUCUGAGUAGAGUUCAGCAGCUCUUGAUGAAGGUGCAACUCUUAAAUCUUUCUGAAAGAGUUGGAUGGAAUGGGCUGCCCAGGGGGAUUGUGGAGUCUCCUUCUCUGGAUAUAUUCAAGAGAUGCCUGGAUGCCGACCUGUGAAACCUGGUCUAGGGAGCCUGCUUUGGGAGGGGGGUUGGACUCGAUGAUCCCUAGAGGUCCCUUCCAGCCUUUACAAUUCUGUGAUUCUGAUGCAUAUUGAGGAAAUUGUUUAGGUUUUUGGGCGGGUUCAAAUACUCAAAUAUAGGAUUUCUCUAAAAUGACAACAGACCAUUUUAUGUCCGAGAUAACUGUACGAGGCUGGCAGCUACAACCCAGGGUGUACCAGUGGCCCUGUUUUUCAACAGUGGCCACUCAGGCUCUCACUUGGGAAGCUAAGAUGGCACCAAAUGUUUGUAAUGUUAGUAUUUAGUGGGCAUGGUGGUGAUGGGUUGACAGUUGGACUUGAUGAUCUUAGCGGUCUUUUCCAAUCUUUGUGAUUCUAUUUUAACGCUUCUAUGAUUUGAUAUUUCAGAUCAGUGGACUUCAAAAUCCUCAGCUUUCUUUUAGGUGUCAUGAAGAAAAACAGAAUCACUGUUUUCAGUGUAAGUUGGCAUUCAAAGAGCUAGUUAAUAUAGGUGGUUUGCCAGUUUGUUUUGCCUAGUUUGGUACUUUGCCAGUGUAUAUUACUGUGCUUAUACAGUGAGAAACAGCAAGAAAUCAUUUGUUUUACCAACCUUCCCUCCCAAAACAUUUCCCUUGAGAACCUAAAAGAAAAUCAUAAAGAAUUUAGUCUAACUCAGUCUAACUCCUUUUAGGUUAAUUUGAUGUCAAUCAGUUGUUCAGAGGAAGAAGGCAUGGGGGAGUGUAGGGAUUGAUGUUCAGUCAGGGAAAGAAAACCUGGAACACAUUCAGCAUAGCUUAGAGAACAAGCUUGUGUAGCUUAUAUAGCAGCAUAACUGGAACGUGCUUAUAGGAAGCUGAGGAUUUACACCAAAGCUGUAACUGUGCAUUGUCAACAUACACGUGUUCUUAAGACAUAUGAUUAUGUAUUUAAUUACUUGAAAUUAAUUUGAAAAUGUAAAGUGCUAUCUAGAGCAUGUAACUUCAGUGCCUUAAGUUCUUAGGUUCUUAAUAAAGCUUCUUCUGUGGUAUGAUUUCACCUUUUAUUUGUGUAACAAAGGAGUUAAUAGGAGGGUGGCCACCUCAGGUAACAGAGACAGAACGUUUCGAGGAUAGGGAAGAAUCACUUAGAAGAUCUACUUUAGUAUAUGAUGAAUCACAGCCUACAAAUGCCUAUUUCUCCUCAGUGACUAUAAAGAGAAAGGAGGAGUAGAGUGACUCAUUGAGAUGUGGUUGUUUAUAUUUGGUCAUGUAUAUUUCAAGCCAAGUGCAUAAGGCUACAUUCAGAAGCAGCUAAGUCCUCUGGUGCACCCAGGCCAUGUCUCUCAAACAUUCAGCUAUGAAACCUGGUUGCGGUGUUCUGCAGCUCUCUUCUGUCUGGCAUGUUCGUUACCCUUCCCAACUGCAACUGCCACAAGAGGGGAGAGUGCACGUAUACUCAGUUUUCAUGCCGGUGGGGAAUUGGUGUCACCCCAGAAUAAAGUCAGGAUACAGCCAGGGUGUAUGCCUGAACCCGUGCAUUUGGAGCUCGUAGUUUGGACAUGGCUUAAAUUGCCUGCACAACCAGUGAGAGGAAGGAGGGGAUUUGGAAGGCCUCCAGAAGCCACCUCAAGUUUGGUAAGGUGAAUCCUAACCUCUGACUUGAAUUUGUGCUCGCUUAUGUGAUAUCUUACUGUUUCAUAUUUCUCUCAGUGUAGAUGGUGAGACUAGAACAGUCUGUUUUCAUGUCUGUGUACAAUCCGUUUCAAGGUUUUCUGGGUUAGGGAGGUGUUGGGAAGUCCGGGUACUUGAAUGUUAAAGCAGUUGAAAUCCUGGACUCUGAGUUCUUAUAAUAAGCAUACUUAGAAAAUAGUAAUAACAAUUGACUUAGCAAUGUCCUAUUGAAAGCAUACUUGCUUCUUGUCACUAUCUUUGGUUUUGGCAGUACUAGAGAUCUUGUUUUUGUAACUUAGUAUGAUUCCUGCCAUCACUUCAGCCCCAGUGCCUCAGAAAUAGUGAGGUAUUUUGCAAAGACUGGCAUCAAUGACAUUGCCUGUGAAUAGGUCUAGGUGUCUAGAUUUAAACUCUUGGCAGCUGCCUUGAAUUUUCUUCUCUGCUGUCGUUCAGAUCAUAGCUACUAAGAUUGAAUUUUGCUGGUGCUAGCUGUUGUAGGAAGAGUAUUACUGACACAAGAAAGUUUUGAAGUUGUUCCUGCCGUUGCUGAACUUACCUAAAUGUCACCAUUGCUGUAGGUCAUCUAUGCUCGGCUCAAAAUCUUCUUUGUGCUGUGGUCAGUAUCGCGUAAGUUACUUGUCGUGUUAAAUGUUAGUGAUAUCUAUAGUCCACUCUUUUUGCACAACUCUGCUUAAAUCAACUUUUGUUGGUUUUUACUAUUAGCUCUAAUAGCUAUCAAUGAAGAGCAAAAAAGGAAAAAAAAAAAAAAAAAAAGUGCAGUUUUUGCUUGAUCCAUUUUACUACAACUUUAUUACUUCCAAAAUAGUCCGGUUUUCUGGGAAUGCUACGUCUGUACCCUUCAGAAAGUUGUAAGAGUCACCUUUAGCAGUGUGUUUACAUUGAAUCAUUAAAUACAGGAGGCUGUGAAACAGAGCAGAUGGUAUUUUCUUUGUUCAGAAUGUACCUUUAUUUGUUCAACUUUUUUGAGUUGACAUUAGAAUUUCUUUGCUUCUCUAAGAUUUUUGUCAUAUUGCAAUUAAAUAUAUAACACAAUUGCAUAAGUAGAUCUGAAAAUUGAAAUCCUGUCCUUUUUAUUUGUAACUGAUGUGAAAAAUGCAUGAUUGGAUGGCUACAUCUCAAAUUCAGAUCAAUCACUUGGAACUCUUUGCUCAAUGUACAGAAGACUGUAUUUUUAAAUACACAUUUUUUUUCCCCAGCCUGUGAACUCAUGCCUUGCUGCAUGCUAUUCAAACACCAUUUUUAAGGAAGAUUACAUAUUUUCUCUUGAGCUUUCUGACAGAGUCUGGCUGAGGGGCUGACAUGUACAGCGUGUGAUUUGAGAGGCUUCUGAUCCCUUGACAAGGGAAGAACUAGAAUGUAAUCAUCCACACAAGAAUCCAGGUCAGUGAUUUAAAAAGUGCCUUUGUGAAGUCACUUUUAUGGGAGAGGACUGCUACGCCUGUGUUUUCAAAACACUGUCUUUGCCAGCUAGACGUUGCCUUGACCUUACCCGUGGCGGAAGAUACCUCAACUGUCUUGAUUUGCCAAUUAAUUGAUGGGAAACUGAACUCACCGUAAGAGCGGGAAGAAGGAAUUAUUAUUACUGGGACACGAACAAAUGAACGCAUUGCUUUUCUUGUGUAAUCAGUACCAGCAAGCGACCUGCGGCGGACUAAUAUUCCAUCCAAGAGUGCCAUUGCAUUGAAGGACGUGUGCUUGAACCUGGUGCGGCAGUGAUACAGUCAGCAGACCCACACGUUUUACAGACAGAAAUGCUCCUGAGCAUGAUCUUCUUCAGCCAAAAGUCUACAAGCGGGACUUAAUGAUUGAUGAGUAACUGCUCGCUGAUAAACUUUCUCUGUUUAUUCAGUGUUGUGUGAGUUGGACAUCGUUAAUCGUCCUCCCCCACUUUUUUUUUUUUUUUUUAAAGACCUUCUUUUAAAUUGGAAUUAUUUUUUUCUGGUGUUUUUUUUUUUUUUUUCCUUCACCAGUAAGUUUGGAAAUUUCUUUGGCCUAAUUCACUUGACGGCCAUUCACAAGUUCUACAUCAGCCUUUCAUCAUGGCUUUGAAUGUUGCUCCUGUAAGAGAUACAAAAUGGCUAACGUUAGAAGUGUGCAGACAGUUUCAGAGGGGAACUUGUUCACGCUCUGAUGAAGAAUGCAAAUUUGCACAUCCCCCUAAAAGUUGCCAGGUUGAAAAUGGAAGAGUUAUUGCCUGCUUUGAUUCCUUAAAGGGUCGUUGUACAAGGGAGAACUGCAAGUACCUUCACCCACCAACGCAUUUAAAAACUCAACUGGAAAUCAAUGGCAGGAACAACUUAAUCCAACAAAAAACUGCAGCAGCUAUGCUUGCACAGCAAAUGCAGUUCAUGUUUCCAGGAACCCCACUACAGCCAGUGCCCACAUUUCCAGUGGGUCCCACAAUAGGAACGAACACGGCUAUUAGCUUUGCUCCGUACCUAACGCCAGUAACACCAGGAGUUGGCUUAGUCCCGACUGAGAUCCUGCCCACGCCACCCGUCAUUGUUCCUGGAAGCCCACCGGUUUCAGUCCCUGGUUCUACUGCUACUCAGAAACUCCUCAGGACUGAUAAACUGGAGGUGUGCAGGGAGUUCCAGAGGGGAAACUGUGCGCGUGGAGAGACUGAUUGCCGCUUUGCACAUCCGGCAGACAGCACAAUGAUUGACACAAACGACAACACCGUAACCGUGUGUAUGGAUUACAUAAAAGGUCGUUGCAUGAGGGAGAAAUGCAAGUAUUUUCACCCUCCUGCACAUUUGCAGGCCAAAAUCAAAGCGGCGCAACAUCAAGCUAACCAGGCUGCAGUGGCAGCCCAGGCAGCUGCGGCAGCUGCGACUGUGAUGGCCUUUCCUCCCGGUGUUCUUCACCCUUUACCAAAGAGACAAGCACUUGAAAAAAGCAAUGGUGCCAGUGCCGUUUUCAAUCCCAGUGUCUUGCACUAUCAACAGGCUCUUGCCAAUGCUCAGUUGCAGCAACAUGCAGCGUUCAUCCCGACAGUACCCAUGAUGCACAACGCUACGGCCGCCACUGUCUCUGCAGCAACAACUCCUGCAACAAGUGUUCCCUUCGCCGCAACAGCCACAGCAAAUCAGAUAAUCCUGAAGUAAUCAGCAGGAACGGGACGGAGUGCCACGAAGCCUCCCUGCGGAUGGCCAAGCACGGCUACUGUACAUACUAUCCUGUCUCCUCCUCUCUAGAAUUGCCACAAACUGCAUGCUAAGUAAAGAAUUUGUUCUUACGGACAAAUCACAAACUCUAAAAAGCUAGUGCUGCUAUGUCAUAUAUGAAUAUUAAAUAUGGUAUGCUUACUAUACUCCGACCUAAAAUAGUUAACUACCUGAUACCAGCUGUGAUGUUUCAAGACAUAAAGGGUAACAUUUAGUUUCGAAGAUUUUCUAAACAUAGUUUAAUUCUUGCAAACGUUGUCUUUUCUCCAUAACUAUACCUAAUGGAAAUGGUCCAAUUGAGUUAGCCUUGGGAGAUUCGCUGUUCAUGAAUCUUUCAAGCUCAGCAAUAAUUAAUUUGUAUUGGCUAAAAACAUAUCCCGGUUGCACGUUUAGUUUUAACCCGAACUAUAAUUGGGGGUUUUCUUCUUGGUUAAAAAAACUCCUGGUUUUGCUCCCCGAGUGAUCUGACUCCGAGAGGGAGGAAGUGCAACAAAGCCCGGCGUGCUGCACGUCACCCUGCCAGUCCAAAAUUUUUAGCCAGAAACCCAAAGUAAAGCACAAAUUCUUUAGAUGCACAUGGUUGGUGUUUGACAUGUAUGGAGAAGUUGCAUUUGAGUCAUAGCAGAAUAGGAGAGAAAAAAGAAAAAAAAAAAAAGUGAGAAAUUUUGCACAGUAUGAGCUUCAUACCCCUUUCAGUCCCCAAAAGAACAAAGUCUUGAAAAUAUUAUUUUACGAGUAUAUUUAUAAUGUUUUUAAAAGAGACUUUGCAGAAGUGCCUAAAUUUUGUCACAUCAGACUUGGUGAAAGCGAGCCUGAUGCCAACAGUCAAUCCUAGCAGAAGCGAAUCUCUCUCAGACUCAUGGUCGGGUUACCCAAAGGAUCCGAGCUCUUAGGGAGGUCACCUCGGCCGACGUAAAAUCAAACGAAAAGACCAGACUGACAAAAGGAAAGGAGAAAAAGAGAGCUGUAGAUGAAGAGAAGCGUACAGUACUCUAAUUUAAUUAAAAUCCAGUUUAGUCACUGAGACUUCGCGAGUGACUUUAAUCUAGGUUAUUAACUGAACACUAAGAAUGUAGAACGAGAUUCAGUUUAAUAAAUCAUUACUGUAUUUGCAUUUUUUUUUAAUUGGGUUAUGAGAUUGUAACCAGAUUAGAAUGGAGAAAAAAUAGUUCUUUUAAUUGUUUUUGUUUAAAAACAUAUUUUAUGUCACGAAAGUAUGAAGAUAUCUUUAAUACAAUUAUAUACAUAUUAUAUAUACAUACAUACAUAUAUAUGGAUGAAGCAGAUUUUAAUGUUGUUUACUUUUUUAAAUACUUUGUUGAUUUACAAGGUAAUUAUAUAUGUAUAAUUAAAAUUUCGUUUGUUUGAUUUGAGAUUUGUUUCAAGCACUAUUGUACCAAAUAUUUCAUAUUUUCACAUUUUAUAUGUUGCACACGUAUCACGGAAAUGACAUAGUUUUUAAAUUAUUGUUUGAAAAACAAGACAGCUGUUAUAAGUGGAUAUUAUGUAUAAUUGUUUGCAGCAUAAGUUUUCUAUGUGGACAUUAUUAGUGAUUGCAGUAUUUUAACUUAACCUCUUCAGAUUGAUUGUAAACUACUUUGAACUUUGGCAGCACUGCCCGUUGGGAACGACUGAAGGCACUAAGCGUGGAACUGUUUGUCUAGGAAACGAUUUCCGGGCUAAAUCUUGUUCGUCCAAUGUCUGAUUACUAUCUAUUUAUAUAUAAAGCUGGAGAUUUGAUCACCUGACAGGAAAAGAAAGGAUCGCAAUUCGACUGUAAAAUUAACAUAGUGCUUGUAACGUUGCGUUAGUUUUAAUUUGUGGGAAAAUAACGUAUCUUAACUUGUUACUCUAGCAGUUAAGGUAUCACCAUUAUAUACUAUUAAAACACUAAUAUUUGUAGACUUUCUCAGUCAUUAUAACUAGGUAGUUGACACUGCAACUUGCCUAUAUCCGUCAAAGUUGUUUUUAUUUUUUUAUAAUAGUUAAUUUAGGCAUUUGGGUAGCUUAUUGUAUAAUACUAAAUGGUAAAUUAUCCAUGUUGUUUAAAUAUUUUCUGUAGAUAACUCUUCGAGGCAUCGUUUUGUGUGACCUUUUUAUGUUUCGAAACAACUGUUAUUCUAUGUUUUCUACAAGUAAUCCAAUACGACUAUUUUUUUGCCCAUGGAUGACGAAGCUUCAGAUACAUCAGGUCUUUCAUCCAGAUAAACUGACAGACAAAAAGAGAAAAUGUAUUUUUAAUAAGAGAUCCACUUUCCGACUUGACGACUUUGUAAUAUUCCUAAUAACUGUACGAGUACAAACCUAUGCUAACGGUAAGGAGGCAAUUACAGAGAUGUGCAAAUACGUGUACAACAGAUUCUGCAUUUUAUUUAUUUAUAAAGUAAUUUUAUAGACUAUUUCAAAAUUUGGGAAGAUCUAAAACUAUUUUUCUGUAUAAAUAUUAUUUGCCAAAACUUUGUUUAUAUUUAAAAAAAAAAGAAAAAAAGUCUAACGGAGAUGAUUAAAUUUUAAAUGCUUUGUUUAAUUAAAAAAAAAAAAAAUCCAACAAAAAACACACAAAUAAAACCCCCUAAAGGAACCAUGAGAUGGGCCAACACAGAGGCAGUGCACACUGCAGCUGAGGCAUAGUUUCAAGCCACUUGAGAUGCCUCAGCGUAAUUUCCUUCGAGCGAUACAGCUCCUCACCAAAAUACCCUUUUGUUUGCCUCUCUCAUCCACUAUAACUGACAGCGCUCACACGAACACCUCGGUAACAGUUCGAGAAGCCCCUCCAUUCGCUCGAUUCCGGCAUAUAACUACUAGUGGUCUGUUAAAUAGCCAUUCUAUUUCUGUUGUGACGUUCGAUUCAUUCACCCAAUGUACAACCACUGAAAUAAAAAGAAGCAUUUUAAAGUG